UUAUAAUCGCAUUCAGUGUUCACUGUGUUGCAAUUUGGCCUGGCAGGCAAACGAGUAUAUAUGCUAUUGUGUAGCAACGAAUGUGUGAAUUAUAUCGUAAUUUUUUUCGCAUUGAUAUGAGUGACAUUGUUGUUUCAACGCACGAAGAGAAGUAGUUGAAGCAAAAAUAUGGACAGUGACAUUAGGACAGCGUAACAAUCUUAGUGGAAUGUAUCGAAAAAUUCGCUAGUGAGUGUACGAAACUGGAUGAAACCUUGAGAACCAUUUGUCAAAAGUGUGGUUUUGUUCAGUGAAAAAUUUUGAAUAACGCGUAAUAAAAUUGUUUGGAUAAACAAAACUAUGAUUUAAAAUAGAGGCGAUAGAGAAAAAUGCGUUCAAGUUGAGCGAAAAAGUGGAAUCAAGUAAUUUUUUACGUUCAAUAUUGUUCUCCUUCGUUCUCAAUAAAACUCACUUGAUUUUCAAUAACAGCAACAGUUUACAAGAAUAAAAUCAGUUCAUUGCUGCGAUUAGAGCAUGUAUAUUUCAAGCAUUUUAUUACAUUUGCAAAUGCAUCGCCAUUUGUUCACGCUACAUUAUUCGAUUUAGUGUCUGUGUGUGCGUGUAUAAAUAGGCGCGAAGGAGUGUGGAAAAGGGGAAAGAGAGAAAGUAAGACGUUUGCGACUGCCGAAACAAUCAGUCGCUUUCAGCAUCAAAGAGGUGUUUGUUUGUGACGAGGGCAAAGUACAUAUAUUUCAUCGAUCGUGUCGAUGUGUGCGGCCGUUUUUUUUUUCUGUCACCCUGCGGCUUUUUAUUGUGGUGUUCGUAUUUUAUUUCAAACAGAAAAAAUGACAGAUUAGUCGCCCGUGGAUAAAAACAGACAGCAAAAUUGUGAUUUUUUUUAGUAUUUGACAGAAAGUGAAAGUAAAAUUAAAUAGUUAAUUAAAUAGUGGCCUACAAUUUUUUUUAUUCGGCGCGUGCGGUACUUUGACGUAUUCGCACCCAAAUUACGCAGCAUCAGCUACCUGUUAAUAGUUCAAAUUCAUCUGUACCAAAAUUUGACACAAAAAAACUAAUCCCAAUGCAGCGUUGGUUGUUCGGAAAUAAUAGUGAGGCUAUAUCGGCUGAAUCGAGCCAAGGUCCAGCAAAUGGUCAAACUCUAGUCGGAAAUGAUGGUCGAUUGCAUACAUUUCGCGUGUUGGUUAAUCAGCAUUUGGAGCCCGGCGAAAGAGUCGCUGUGACUGGUGAAUGUUCGAGCCUCGGUCGUUGGUUGCCCGCUCAUUGUGUUCAAUUGAAUCGCGAAAAUGAUUCGAAUGUAUGGUCACGUGGUAUUUAUAUUCCGGCAAAUAAAGACGUGCCGUAUCGUUACUUGGUUUGCACUGUUGACCCGAUGACAGAGAAUGUACACGUACGCCGAUGGGAAACCCAUUUGAAUCCACGCCUAAUUUCCGCCGACCAUGGAGAGGUCACAGAAAUUGAUUUCAAAUUGUCUCCCGUUGCCGAAACAGCCGUGCCGAAGCCCAGCUCACCGUCAAAAAACAAUGUUCCCGGAAUCGAUACAUUUGGCGAUAUUAAUGGGGUGGAGAAAAUCGACCGAGGCUGGUUGACGACCGAAACUGUGUUCCAAUUUAAAUUCAUUCGCAAUCCAUUUAUUUUGAAGCAGAAAUUGAAAAAUCGCUUACUCUAUGUCAAGUUGACGCCAAUGAAUUUGCGCAUAAACUCCACUGAAUCUUCAGCCCAUGGCAAUUUGUUCGAAGUUGAAGAUUCAUUGUCAAAUGAUACGCGCGAGAAUGGCGGUACUGAGCAACCGGUGUAUGCUUUUGCUGAAGUGGCUACGCUUAAAUCAACAUCAAAUGUGUUCGAACCACAAAACCAAUUCGGUCGACCCUAUCACACCGAUGACAUUAUGAUAUUUAAUGUGAGCGUCGGCGAUCCAGAGAAUGUCGCUUUUCUAAUCGAUCUGUAUACAUAUAGUUCCAGGGUGUCACCUGAUGAUAACGAACCACCCCAUCAUUUAGGCUAUCAUUAUAUAUUGCCAAAUGUUUUACGCAAAUCCGAUGGAAAAAUUGAAAUACCCAUCACGUGUGCGACCAAACAUCGUCCGCUCGGUAUGAUGAACAUUGAAUACAUUCGGAUUUCACCAUUGAACUCAUCGGUGCAAUUGAAUAUGAAGCGAUCGUUUUGCCGACACUGGAACAAACGAUGGACAGGUCUUGAUGUUGGACACCGUGGAGCGGGAACUAGUUUUAAGCCAACGUCAGGAGACGAUGCAAUUCGAGAAAAUACCAUCGCAUCACUUCGUCGUGCCGGUGAUGCUGGAGCAGAUAUGGUCGAAUUCGAUGUUCAAUUGAGCAAAGAUUUGGUACCGGUUAUCUACCACGAUUUUCACGUGUAUGUUUCGUUGAAGAAGAAAAGGUCUCUGGAUGAAAAUGAUUACCUCGAAUUACCAAUGAAUGAAUUAACAUUAGACCAGUUGAAUCACUUGAAAGUCUAUCAUCAAGUUGAAGGUAAAACGAGACAGCCGAAAUUCUUUGAUGAGCAUUUGGAUGAACAUCAACCAUUUCCACCGCUCUCUGAUGUGUUUGAUGCCCUCGAUGAAAGUGUCGGAUUUAAUAUUGAAAUCAAGUGGAACAUGGAAUUACAUGAUGGCAGACACGAAAUGGAUCGUGUCAACAAAAAUCCAAAUGUAUAUCUGGACUGUAUUUUGGAUGUAGUGUUGAGCAAAGCUGGCGAUCGUCGAGUGGUGUUCUCAUGCUUUGAUCCCGAUAUUUGUACAAUGUUACGCAAAAAACAAAAUCUUUAUCCUGUCAUGUUCUUGUCGCAGGGUAUUUCUGAUCGGUAUGAAAGCUUCCAUGACCCACGCGGUGACACCAUUGCAAAUGCAGUGUUCCAUGCCAAUUCAAAUGAACUGUUGGGAAUUGUUGCACAUACUAUGGAUUUGCUACGUGAUACGAAUCAGUUGAAUUUAGCCACCGAUCUUGGUCUAAUCGUUUUCUGUUGGGGCGAUGAGAACAAUUGCAAAGAAACGAUCAAAUUUUUGAAAGAAUUGAAUAUCCACGGCAUUAUCUACGACAAAAUGGACAAAUUAACGGAGAAAAAUGAAAAGCGAAGUAUAUUUUACGUGGAAGGAAAGGAGUCACAAAAGGAUAUUUUACGUCUGAGGCAGUUGGAGCAAGCAAAACAUGAUCAUAGCUCAACGUCAAUGAUAACCGAAUCCAGUAGCUCAUUCAAUGAGUCUGCCAAUUCCCUAGCUAAUGGAGCGACAGUGCGAAUUGACAAUAAUUAAUUUGUGCCCUCCAUUUGACAGUGAAACACAAUAUCCCAAAAGUAUCGAGACGCGAGAAUAGGCACGAGACAGAUUAUUGUUUUUGAAAUUUGAAAAAAAAAGAAUUCAUCGUACAAACAAAUGAUAAUUUAUAUUUUUAGACACCGUUUCAAUACUACUUUUAAGUCGGCUGAUAGCAGAAAAAAUGUAAACACUCAGCGCCAGCAACAAUCAAGCGAAAAAAAAAUUAGAGACAAAUUUACAUACGAAUAAAAACAAUUUGCAAAUGAGUGUAAUGAGAAUGGAGGAAUGAGAGGAUAAACGAGUGCGAGUGAAAAAGGUAUAAAAAAUGAAAUAAUUUUUUCAUUUGUUCGGACGAAAUGAUGGAAGUGCGUAGGUUUUUUCCCAAUCAUUCAGAUAGCUUUGGCGUGAUAAGAAUAAAAAUUGAGGACGUAGAAAAAAAUCUGGGCAAAAACACUACUGAGGCUGAGAUUUUAGGGCUCAUAAUUUAAAAAAAAUUGUAUUAUAAAAGUAGAAUUGGCUUGUUUGUAAAAGGGCUGGAUCGAAUCCCGCUUCGUUUAUGCCAAUGGUAUUUUCUUAGGGCCAGUCGCACGUUGCAAUUGCUAUCCAACACAUAUUGUUACAAUUGAUGUCUUUAAAGACCAUUUCGACAAUUUUGCAUAAGCUAGAGAUUUUACUAUUAUAACGUCUUUUGCUGUUCAUGUUUCAUUUCUUUUCCGCAAACAUAAUUUGUUCUAUUUCUUCUGAUUUUAUUUGUUGAUCAAACCAUUGAAUUUCCUCUCCUUUUAUUCUAUUUAAUUUUUUUCGCAUAAAAUUUUAAAAUUCUCUUCUGUUGUUCAUGUUUUUAGAUUUUUUCAAUUUCAUCAUGUUAUAGUACAUUUAUAAUAAAAGCUAACCAAUUACUCAAGUGUUAAGUGAAAUCUUCUUUAUGUAUAAGAGAUAGGAUUGAUAAUGGAGCCAUUGAGGCUGUUUCAUUUACUCAAAAAAAAGUAAGAAGAAAAAAACAUUCGGUGUCGUCGUUUUUGCGAAAGAUUAAGUUUGUUUGAAAUGGUAAUUUGAUUAUAGUUGUAACUAAUAUCUAAAGAAAUCUAUAGAGCCAAAAUAAUAAGCUUGAAACUACUGCAUAAGACAAUUUUCUUCAAACAAAAAAAACAAAACAAAUUCGUCCCGAGAACAAUGAACAUAUUCGUUUACUUCACUUUCCUAUGAUAAGUAACAAAUGUUGAUUGAAAUACUCCACUAUUUUUUUCCACAGUUCUCCAUUAUAAAUUUUAACAAACAAAAAUGGACUAAAAAUAAACCAAAACGAAACAA